UAAAAUGCGUGUGCAGAUUUGUCUGGAAUUGAAAAUCUCACGCCGCAGCCAGCUGACCAAAGAUGGCAACCAUGUAGAAGGACUUCUGCAAGGUUUUUAAAGGCAGCUUAAUCUAUAAAGGUCAAUAAGUUUUAAUCAGUUGAAGUUAAUGUACAUUCUAUUUGGACCUGACAGAAAACCUGAAUUUCUGAAGAAUUAACAGAAUUUACGAGUGCAGUGACGUUCACGGCAAAAUUACAACUUACAACUUUGCGGCUAUUUACUGAUACAUAACACAGCAUGUGCUUUAAUGCAUUUACUUUUUCGAAGUAUAUUAAAUUCAUAAAUAUGGCGUAAAUUAAUUAUGCCGCUGAAAUGAAACGGCCAGAGAUGAAGAAAGCAUGGCCCCGUAUGCUUGGGUUCAAAUGACAGCAAGCGAUACCCAUACACUUUAACUAGUAAGUGUAUCCUGACUUGCAGGAAAUGUUUAAUAAAAGCCGCUUAUUAAUGUGACUAUAUAAUAGAUAAACUCAAGCUCAUCAAGGGAUCAGAAAUCGAGUCGUACUUUUUUAUUUAUGCAGAGAGCUCAAAUAAACUAUGUCCAACUAUGUAAAAAAAAUCUUGUGCAUGUGUGUAUGUUGCAGAAUGUUACAAGAAAUCCUUGUAUCAAUUUUGAACAUACAUACACAAGAUGCUGUAUAUGGAUAAAUAUGGAAAAGCAACUGCGUGGUCCUACUUAGGUGACUGUGGUUCGAGCAGGCGAAGUGGAAUUAAGAAACAUAAUUCACUUACAAACAGCGCUGGCUGUCUCAGAACAGUUAACCGCGCGAUUAAAAUACGAUGUUUUGAAUCCAACCGAAUAAGCCAUGUGUAUGUUAUGAGAAAACAUCACACUACUGUUGGUUUUUCGAACACGUUUAUAAGAGGCUAUAUAUGCUCUUCAAAUAUAUGUCAGCGUGAAUUAUUGAUGAUUACCUAAAGGCAGCGGCAGAGAUAAUUGUAGGAGUACUCUCGCCAGGUUUUAAAAACGAGUUUCUGUUCAGGUCCUCUCUGCAUCCACACCUUAUUAACUUAUUCAAGUGGUGAGACAAAAACCAUAGAGUGGAGUUGAAACUUUUAACAUGCCAGCAAUUUUUGUAUAUAAAACAGCAUCGUACCAAUCGAUCGUACCAAAACAAAGUACUUUCACGCAGUGUAGUUAAAUGUUACAUCGAUCAGUGAGUAAGCUAAGCAGCAUUAUAUCCACCGCAGCCACUUUUGUAGGUAACGCUGGAGCAACAUUAACGAAGCUUGCCUGCGUAAAUGCACCCGCGGAAAAAAGGAUGCAGAGCAAUAAUUGUCGCAAUAGGACGCGGGAUGCGCAUUAGCCCUUUAAAAGCCCUUACUGGUGCUCUAGGUGGGCUGAGCUUAUUUGCAGUUCUUGCUCCUAUGGCAACCCAAUAGAUCAGUUACAUGAAUAUUCACAGUACAUCAGUACGACUGUAACGAUUGUUGGGUGAUGUCAGUGGUCCAAAAUUUGUUGGUGUGGUUUUGGGUAUGAUGCUUCCUUUAUUAUUGACCGCGGUCACCGGUUGUAAGGAGAGAGAGAGCAUGCUUCGUUUUUAAUGACAUCCAGGUCUCAGCUCCGUCACCCAGCACGUUUCUCGCCAGGUACAGCUGAAGUGGCUUCAUGUGUCUUGAUGGUUUCGUGCACCACGGCUUUCAUUCAGCAUCCCGGUGCCUUGCGGACAGGACGGUGGGACCUGAAGCGCUCUGGGCUGCCUAAAGGUUUCCGAAAAGACGUAGGCUGUAUAAAGCGUCAGGUAAUGUGCGAGAUCAUCUGUGCUUCGCAAAAACGAUCCGCGAUCACGUGUAUCAGCAGAAGCCUUUGAGGUCUGAGAUAAGGUCCAAGCCGUGCCACGGAGCUGUACGAUCCGUGGCAACAAUAUUAAGAGUAAUACUCCUGUUUCUAAUAUUCUUGGCUCAUCUGGCCAUAUCGGUGCCACAAUGGACAGGUUGCAUUCUUCCAUGCGCAAAAGGCUGUACAGCUUACCGCAACACAUUGGCCAUAAAGCUUCGGUCAUGGGCGAGGGGGACGACGGCGACAAGGACACCCGGAGGAAGAGUCUACGGAUGAAGCCCUUGCCUUCGCCUUCCUCCGAGGGAGGCUGCAAAGGCAUUGGGGACACCAAAAGCGGCGACUGCGUGAUCAUGGAGACGGACAUUGGAAAGCCCACCAAGACCAGCUCGAACGGAGACUGUAGAAGGUUCAAAGGCAGCCUGUCAUCUAUAACCAGUCGGCACGUCCACGACUCGGACUCGGCGGAGGAGAGACGCCUUAUCACCGAAGGGGACAUCACCCCUAGUGAGGAGCAGCCCCCCGGACCACUGGAUAGCGGGGCAGACUUAGGGGCGCAAGGCGGCGGCGGAACCCCGCAUUCUGCUCCCGAUCAGCAGCCCGGGUUCAUAAAGUUGGAUAGCAUUGAUCAAAUUUCGCCGGACGAUGAGAGGUUGUAUCAAGCAGGCUUCAUUCACCGGCAGCUGGGAGCGAUGCUCCAGCCGGGAGUGAACAAGUUCUCCCUGAGGAUGUUUGGCAGCGAAAAGGCGGUCGAGCGCGAACAAGAGCGGGUUAAAUCCGCCGGAUUUUGGAUAAUCCACCCAUAUAGUGAUUUCAGGUUCUAUUGGGACCUGACCAUGCUGCUUCUGAUGGUGGGCAAUCUCAUCAUCAUACCAGUGGGCAUCACCUUCUUCAAGGAUGAGCACACACCGCCCUGGAUCGUCUUCAACGUCGUGUCGGACACCUUCUUCCUCAUCGACCUGGUGCUCAACUUCCGCACGGGCAUCGUAAAGGAGGACAACACUGAGAUCAUCCUUGAUCCCCAGCACAUCAAGAUCAAGUACUUACGGAGCUGGUUUAUCGUUGACUUCAUCUCCUCCAUCCCCGUGGACUACAUCUUCCUCAUUGUGGAGACGAGGAUUGACUCAGACUUCUACAAGACGGCCCGCGCCCUGCGGAUUGUCCGUUUCACAAAGAUCCUCAGCCUCCUUCGCCUUCUCAGGCUCUCCAGACUUAUACGAUACCUUCACCAAUGGGAGGAGAUCUUCCACAUGACCUACGACCUGGCCAGCGCCAUGGUGCGCAUCGUCAACCUCAUCGGCAUGAUGCUGCUGCUGUGUCACUGGGACGGCUGCCUGCAGUUCCUGGUUCCCAUGCUGCAGGACUUCCCUGCCGAUUGCUGGGUCUCCAAGAACAAGAUGGUGAACGACACCUGGGGCCAGCAAUACUCCUACGCGCUCUUCAAGGCCAUGAGCCACAUGCUGUGCAUCGGCUACGGCAUGUACCCCCCCGUGGGCAUGACGGACGUCUGGCUCACCAUCCUCAGCAUGAUCGUGGGCGCCACCUGCUACGCCAUGUUCGUGGGACACGCCACCGCGCUCAUCCAGUCCCUGGACUCCUCCCGUCGCCAGUACCAGGAGAAGUACAAGCAGGUGGAGCAGUACAUGUCCUUCCACAAGCUUCCAGCUGACAUGAGGCAGAGGAUCCAUGACUACUACGAGCACCGCUACCAAGGCAAGAUGUUCGACGAGGAGAGUAUCCUAGGGGAGCUCAACGAGCCACUUAGGGAGGAGAUCAUCAAUUUCAACUGCCGCAAGCUGGUGGCCUCCAUGCCACUGUUCGCCAACGCGGACCCCAACUUCGUGACCUCCAUGCUGACCAAGCUGCGCUUCGAGGUCUUCCAGCCCGGCGACUACAUCAUCCGCGAGGGCACCAUCGGCAAGAAGAUGUACUUCAUCCAGCACGGGGUGGUGAGCGUGCUCACCAAGGGCAACAAGGAGACCAAACUCUCCGAUGGAUCCUACUUCGGGGAGAUCUGCCUUCUCACCCGGGGCAGGAGGACAGCCAGCGUGCGGGCGGACACCUACUGCCGGCUCUACUCGCUCUCCGUGGACAACUUUAACGAGGUGCUGGAGGAGUACCCCAUGAUGCGGCGGGCCUUCGAGACCGUGGCGCUGGACCGGCUGGACCGCAUAGGGAAGAAGAACUCCAUCCUGCAGCACAAAGUGCAGCACGACCUCAGCUCAGGCAUGUUGAACUACCAGGAGAACGAGAUCAUCCAGCAGAUAGUGCAGCAUGACCGGGAGAUGGCGCACUGUGCCCACCUGCUGCAGUCGGGCCCGCCCCCGGCCCCGCCCCCGGCCACGCCCCCCGCCACGCCCGUCAUAUGGGCCCCGCUCAUCCAGGCUCCCCUCCAGGCGGCAGCCGCCACCACCUCGGUCGCCAUCGCGCUGACUCACCACCCUCACCUGCCUACCUCCAUCUUCCGUCCUCCCGCCUCCGUUUUGGCCUCCAUGAAGGACCCGUCCAGCCGCCCCAAGAGGUUCGGCCCGUCGGUGGCCCGCUCCUCUGGCUCCCCCAGCUCAGCCAUCGACUCACAGCCUGGCACACCCCCUCCCUGGUCACGGACGGGCACGGACGUCCCCCUGUUGGCUUCCCUUCGGGCCCAGCAUCCAGUGUCAGGCCCCGGGUCCCAAACAAGGUCCCACAGGUCUGGCUCCAUCUCCCUGGGACGCUUCUCUGUGUCCAGCUCUCCAUCUUCCAGCACGGCACAGCUGCAUCACCCCCCCGCCCAGCAGCAGGCCGCUCGGGGGAGCCAGCAUUCACUAACAGGCCUCUUCCAGCAGGGGGCGCUGGGGGAAGCUAUGGGUGGGGCUGUAGGGGGCACUACAGGGGGAUCUGCAAAAGGGCUUACUGUGGAAGUUACUGGGGGUGCCUCAGGGGGAUUUAUAGGGGCAGAUAUCGGGGGGGUCUCAGGAAGAGUUACAGGUGGGGUAAUAGGGGCAGAUAUUGGGGGGGCCUUGGGAAGAAUUACAGGUGGUGUAACAGGGGUAGACACCGGGGGGGCCUCAGGUAGAUUUACUGGUGGGGUAUUAGGGGCAGAUACUGGAGGAGGUACUGGGGUUGGCAUUAGGGGGGCAACAGGAGGACUUAGCAGCUCGUCGGCCCCCCACACAAGCCCCCUGAGCUCCAGCUCGGCCAGCCUCCUCCAGGCCCAGCUCCAGCCCCCGCCCCGCCGGCCCUCCCAGGCAGGCUCCCUCAAGCAGUGUAUGAUCGGGGGCAGGACCUCUGGAAGCGGUGGGCUCUUCCCAGAGCCCUCAUCGGGCUCAGCGUCACCCAGCAGGACCUUUACGGGGUCACCCGCCGAAUCGCCGUCUGCCGUGCUGCAGCGCAGUCUGGCCGCGCGGCCCACAAGCUCGCCGCCGCCGCCCCCGGAACGCUCUCCCCUCGCCUCUCUAAUCCAGUAUGGCUCCCCCUGCUGCACACCCUUGGUGCCCAGCCCUGCCUCCCAGAGCCCUGUCUCCGGCCGGACUUUCCCUUUCCUCGAGCCUUCCAGCACUUUCAGCUCUCGCAGCUCUCUGCCCCAGCCGCUGACGCCCACCUGCGGGGCCCCGCCCUCAGCCUUUGAUUCGCCCCAGGGCCGCUUCUCCCAGGACCUGAGACUCAUCUCCACCUCGCACCCCAGCCUGUCCCAGGGCGCGGCCUGGGCCGUCAGCGCCUCGCCGCCGCACCCGCCGCCUUUCCGGGACCUGGGGCCGUGCUUCUCGCCGUUCUCCUCGCCCACACUGGCGAGCAGGCCCUGCAGUGCCCUCCCCAGUCACAUGACUCUCUCCAGGCAGCCCUCCCCAACGGGCUCGCCUCAGACUCCAUCUGCAGGGUCGUCACCCACGCUGCUGCCUCAUAAAGGCCUCGCCUCUGACCUGGAACCAGUUCGCUCCAAACUCCCGUCCAACUUGUGAAAUAGAGUCACGCCCUUCCACACCCCCUCUGGACUGAGAGAAACUAUUUUGUCCUGUGAUAUUUUUCUUUUUUUUUUUCUUUAAUCCCCAGGAUUCACUGUGUUUCAAGCGUCAUUAUUUCCCUCCUCAUAAUAUAACUGUUUUAAAAGACAGGUUGACAGGGGUGAAUUAGAGUUCUAGAUCAAAAUGUAGUUUAGCCUUUGUGUCCUUUGCUUCUUAAGCAGAGGAUUAAGGAAACUUUGUGCCCAGUGGGUGUGAGGAUCAUGUGGAACAGGGUAUAUAUUUUCUGAACUAUGCCAAGUGAUCAUCUCCUCCUCUUUUGGUCAUAUGGAGAAGAGGUCAUGGUAAUUCUCCAUGCGGGUCCGGCUCUGCAGGUGCUUUCUGCUCUGACCCCCGCAUGCAUAAGAGGCCCCUAUAAAAAUGAGUUUUUAUAGACCUGAGACAUGUUUCUGGGAUGCAAACAUAUCUCCUGUAGCAUCGCAUGCGGGUUCAGGUAGAGCCAAACCUGCUCUUAAUCUGAUUUUGUUUUACCAAAAUGCUUUACCCACGCUGUCCAAGGUGGAGCAAGCGGCUCCACAUUUAAA